AUGGCCAGUCUUCGAAUAAUCUUGUCGCUUCUGCUUCUCGCGGCCUUAGGCAUAAUCACUCGGUGUGGCGCCUCGGCAGGUCCCGAACUGGAGCCCCGGAAGCCCGUAUACCAAGUCUACCACCCAUCCGUACCAGCUCUGCCCUCUCGGGCUAUCAAAGCAGUUUACUGGCCGUCAGAUGCUGAAUUACAUGCCUCCUCCAUAGACACUUCGUAUUUCACUCACAUUUACUAUGCGUUCCUCUUGCCCGACCCAACCACGUUCAGGCUCAAUGUCACUGCGUCUGACCAAACCAAGCUGCCUGGAUUGACGGGCAUGCUGCAGAAGCGAAAGCUGGCGGUAAAGACCCUCCUAUCCAUAGGUGGAGGCGGGUCGGACCCAAAUGUGUUCUCCAGGAUGGUGAACAGCUCAGAGACUCGCACAGCAUUCAUAAACUCCACCAUUGAAGUAGCUCGAAAAUACGGUUUUGAUGGAGUUGACUUGGACUGGGAGUAUCCAGCUGAUGAACAAGACAUGUCCAACCUCGCUCCUUUACAAGAGUGGAGAAAAGCCCUGGAUAAGGAGUCCAAAAGAAGUGGUAAAAUCCGCUUAUUACUGACGUCUGCUGUGUACUAUGCAUCAGGAUUUCAGGUUGACGGUACGCCCAGAUCGUACCCCAGUCAGGCAAUCCGGAAGUACGUGGACUGGGUCAGCCCCAUGUGCUUCGACUAUCACGGGUCCUGGGAGAAUUUCACGGGUGAGCAUUCGGCACUCUAUGAUCCGAAGAGCAACAUCAGCACGAGCUACGGAAUCAGUUCGUGGAUUCGAGCUGGUGUGCCGAGCCACAAGCUGGUGAUGGGCCUACCGUUGUAUGGGAGGACAUGGACGCUCCAGAAUCCAAAUGUUACUGGCGUCGGGGCUCCAGCUGUUGGAGUGGGUCCUGGAAACGGUACCUUGACAUACAAACAGAUUGUUGAGUUUAAUGUGCAGAAACAUACAGCAGUCAAAUUCGACAAGAAGUUGGUGUCGUACUACUCAUAUGUCGGAGUCUCUUGGAUUGGUUAUGACGAUGUUCGGUCUGUGCGGAGGAAGGUCCAAUUUGCUCGGUCUCAGCGCUUGGGUGGGUACUUCUUCUGGGCUCUCGGCCAGGAUAAGAACUGGAUCAUCUCAAGACAAAGGUACCAAUGA